UUCAGUGCGCGCAAAGAGAAUGGCACGCUUUAGUUGUGAGGCGACAACGAUGAAAUCGGAGUAAUGCGGCGUGAAUAAUAACGAAGACUAGAUCUAGAUCAACUUUCUCGGUCCUGUGAACAGCAUCGUCGUGGUGACGUAUAUUUGUUUGCCGUUUUCGCCUCGUGCGUGAAAAUAUCAACAGAAGAUGGAAGAUGAAAAGAUUACAGUGACAGAGGAGGACUGGUCUGAUUUCUAUGAAAACUAUAACUAUUCAGACUGGAACAGCUAUUAUGAGGGGAGUGAAAUGUAUGACCUAACUGAGGUUGUGAAUUUUGAAGCUGUGUUCAUACCAGUUCUGUACUCUGUGGUGUUUGUUGUUGGUCUAAUUGGGAAUGGAUUGCUGUUGGGAAUACUGGCUCGGAGUAGGAAGACCUGGAGUGUGACAGAUAUUUUCAUCCUCCACCUGGGAGUGGCAGAUAUCCUGAUGCUGGUGACGCUGCCCAUCUGGGUUGCACAGUAUAUGCAAAGUGAUGGAUGGACAUUUGGUACUCCCCUGUGCAAGAUCACUGGAAGUGUUUUUACAAUCAACUUCUACAGUGGGAUCCUUCUCCUGGCCUGCAUCAGUCUGGACCGCUACCUGUCCAUCGUCCAUGCUACGCACAUUUACUCGCAAAAGAAGCCUUGGGUUGUUCAGGCCAGCUGCCUGAUGGUGUGGUUCUUUUCCCUGCUUCUCUCCAUCACUGACUGGAUCUUUUUAGAAGAUGUGUUCGAUGAUAGACGAGGCAGGAGAGAGUGUGUUCACGAGUAUUACAAAUUUGGUGAGAAUGCAGUAUAUUAUUGGAGGUUGGCAUCACGCAUGAUUUAUCUCAUAGUGGGCUUUGUGCUUCCUUCCGGUGUCAUGAUUUUCUGUUACUCCCGCAUCCUGGAUCAGCUGAGGUGUGGAGCCCAGAGCCUUCAAAAGCAGAGAGCUUUUAAAGUUAUUGUGGCUGUGGUGGUGGUUUUCUUUAUUUGCUGGACCCCGUACAACAUCACACUCUUAGUGGAAGUGUUUAAUUUUGAAAGAAAUAAUACACUUUUUUCAGGCAGAACAUCUCUGGAGAAAGCAAAGACAGUGACCACCUGUGUGUGUUUCAUUCACUGCUGCCUCAAUCCCAUCCUGUAUACCUUUGUGGGUGUAAAGUUCUGCUGUUAGUUUCUGAGCAUCCUCAGGUCUCUGGGCUGCAGGGUGGCAAGUGCAAAAAUCCAGUGUUUUGUCAGCAACAGAAGCUGAGAAAGUUUAUUCCACAACUGAGAAACCUAAGUACUAAACGCUGCCUCACCUGGUUUGGUUCUAGACCUAAGAAGACCUAAGAGCCUCACAAACUUCAAGUAGAUCAGCAGUAUAUUUAGAUCCAAUACCCUCAAUGCUUUAUAAACCAUUAACAGUAUUUUACAAUCAAUCCCUUUACACACAGGAAGCCAGUACAAUAAUUUAAAAUUUAUUUGAAAAUGAUCAAUUUUUACUGGUGUUAGUCAGAAACCUAGCAACAGCAUUUUGGCUAUACAUUAAGUUAAAUUAAAACCAAUAAAAACAACAAUUACAAAAAAUAUCUUACUAAAAAUAAAUGCAGAAAUAAGCAUUUUAGUAUCUUUUUUUUGCCACAAGACUCUUAAUUCUAUUCUUAAGCUGGAAGUGGAUUUCGUAUUGGUCUUUGUAUGGCUAUUAAAAUCAGCAUCCAUAACUAUGCUAAAAAAUUUUUUUUCAAAUGAUCUGUUGUAUUGAAUUUCAUUGACUUUCAUUUUUGGGACCAAAAAUGAUUACUUCUGUUUAUCAGCAUUAAGCUGAAGAAUAUUAUGGCUCAUCCAUUCAUUCAUUUGUUAUUACCCAGUAACUGCAAUGGACUAAAAUUAUAGGCUGACACUGAAAUAUACGAAAAAUGCUAUUUGUUUUUUGCAAAAAAAUAAUAAUUCUGAAGCACAACUUUUAACUAAAUUAAACUGAUAAUUGUUUUCAGGUUUAGUCUUUGAUUUUACAGGAAUAUUUACAGAAAGUGUGACAACCUUACUUAGAUGCUUAUUCAGUAAAGUUUUUCAUCAUAUACAUAUUUUCACACUAGUGUAAAUACAUUCAAUGAAGCUUUCUACGCACUGUUCUUGAGCUAAUAUUAAGGCCACAUGAAGUUUGGAGGUCUAUAUUGACUGAUUCUGCAGAAGGUUCACGAACCCAUACCCAACUGCUGAGCCCACUUUGUGAUUUUAGGUGGGCUACCUCUUUGUGGCUGCUGUUCUCAACCACUUCCAUUUUGUUAUAAUACCACUAACAACUGACUUUGGAAUAUUUAGAAGUGAGGAAAUUCCACAACUUGACUUGCUGCACAGGUGGCAUCCUAUCACAAUACCACACUGGUAUUCACUGAGCUCCUGAGAGCGAGCCAUUCUCUCACAAAUAUUUGUAGAAGCAGUCUGCCCGCCUGUUUUCAUACACCUGUGGCCGUGGAAGCAACCAGAACAGCUGAAUUCAAGAAAUUAGAUGGGUGAGGGAAUACUUUUGGCAAUAUAGUGUCUCUAAAAAAGACAAAAAUAACUAAUUUUGACUGAGCUUACAAACUAACAUAUGCGAACACGAAGUCAAAAACAUCAAAACAUGCAACAUGCUUUAUUAUUGUGGAGAGCUACUAUUUUACCUUAAAAGGUUUUAUACAACAUGUAUUUAUUUGUAGGUUGAUUUAUAUUUUAUAUGUGUACAGAAUCAUUAUUAAAAAUAAUACAAACAAGUCAGUUUUUAAUACAGUACACUCACAGAACCAAAAGGCCAAUUAAAGAAAUCUUACGGACUUAAUCAUCGUUAAAGUUAUACAAGGGCAGCUAUCAAAACCGAAAGAUAGCUUAGCAACCCAUCAAACAGUUGCUACUUUUCUUUGAUUAGCACUACUCGUUUCUAGGUUUCAGUUUCCAUUUGACACCAGUUGAGUAAUUUGUUAAAUUUUCUUUAUUUGACAGGGUUAUGAAAUGUGUAAAUCUAAAGUGGAACCACGACCUGCACACAGAUUCCAUAAAAGUUGAUAUCAUAUAUUUAUCUUCAUUUUAUUAACAAAAAAAGAAGGGUAACAAGGAGAGAGAAAAUUGUAGUUUUACAGCAAAUUUAUAAAUGGGUUCAGUUAUCUCUGCUGUAGUUAGUUCCAGACAUCUUAAAUGCACAAUUUAAAUAUAUGAAGUGCAGUUACAUUUCAUGUAUUUAGACAGAUCAGGAUUAUUUUAUAGCUCUGUAAAAAUGUAAGCUACAUUUUUAAAUGAGGCCUGAAACCUAAUUCUCAGCGUCUUGGAAAAAAGAGUAAAUAAAAAGUAAAACUGAAAUUUUAAAGUUAUUAUUAUUUUUCACAAAAAUACUUUUUCAAAACAACAUUAAUGAUUUUCUAUAAAAAAACAUCAAACUUCAUACACAGCACAAGGUAGAGGAGGUAUUUUUUGGUUUUGUUUUUAGUGUUUGUGCGAGCUUCCUCUUUAGCUGAUUUAGAUGCUUUUAUCGGCACUGCUGGAGGUAGAGCUCUUUUACUGGUCAGAUUCUUAUGAUCUACGAUAUCAGAGACUUCUAGUUUGGUAUGUUUUUAUUUUUAUGCCUAUAUCAUUUUAUUAUUGAUAUAUAUUUUUUAUAUAUAUUUUAUCAUCCUAUGCUGGCUAUUUCACAUUUUUCACGAGUAUGUCAUUAGUCUAAAAUUUGGGUGAACACCAUAUUAUGCAUUUUAACUACACUGACCACUCUCUUUAUAUGUUAAUUAUGAGUUUAAGAAUUUACUAAAUAAUAAUUGAAUUUUGACACAGAAAGGUUGUUUGGUGUUGUUUUCAGUUGGUUUGUUUUUCUGUUUGUAUACACACCUUUAGUUAUUAGUGACAAACUACAGCAUAUUAAACUGUGAUGUGACGUGAAGGGUGAUAUUUUUGUAUAACAUAUUUUUUUUUAACAUUCAGUACGUUUAUGACAUUAUGUUUAUGACACUCUAGAUCCUUCUGACUCUUAAUUUGUUGCAAAAUGUGAAUUUACAUGCUUCCUCUUGGUUGAUGUAUUUCAGUUUCUCUUCCCUAAAUUGUACCAGAAAAUAAAAGAAGAAGAAGAUUGAAUACAAAACAGUUAAAAUAAAUUAAUAAAUUAAAAAAUAAACCAAUAGUAUGACUAAAA